AUGGCACCACUAGGGCUUGUGACAGAGUUCCCAGCGAAGAAGCCGCAGCUAUUGAUCCCCUUCGACACCUAUGCCGACGUUGAAACUUGGGUCAAGCCCGUCGAAGUCAUUCGCCAGGCGGCGAUUGCUCUGACCGAAGAUGCUGCCAUGUUCAAGGCAAUCGACUAUCACAAAACACGUACCGAAGAUGGCGAAGAGUUCCUUCGCAGUCUUGCGUAUUAUGCAGAGGUUCUUAUUCAGGACUCUCUCGUCGGCUUUGAGAAGAGAUUCGAAGUUUACUCUCAUACGCCCACCUCGACAACCACUGAACUUACGGGUAAUCGCUCAAUUGGUUCGAUGCUAUUGGGUGCGAGACAAUCUUAUCAGGAACUUACGGAUUUCCUCGUGAAUUUGGUAGACACUCUAGGCUGGGAGUUCCAUUGGAAGAUCCCGUCGGCGGGUGAUUUGGUUCCGACGGCUUCCCCGUACCAGCUGCUAUAUCAGAUGAUAUGCAAAAAGAAACUACAUGAUGUAUUUUAUGUACCUGUACUGACCCCACCAGUAUCUCUUCAGAAGCAAGCGUAUUUGGCGCUACCUGAACUGGAUUCCGGUAUUGAAAGGGUUACCUCUGAUGCGCCUUGUGGGCGGCCUACGAUGCUGUUCGUCUCAGGAACAUUUGAUCUGUCCCACAUUUUCUUCGGGGCAAACGAAACUGCAUGGGGCGAGUUAACGGCAGUCUCUGCUAUAACUAGGAUAGCGCGUGACAUCCGACUUCGACAUUAUGUCCCUGUGGCUAUGGAAGCUUUCAAGGCGCUCCAACGCAAGGAGAUAGAAGCUCUAGCGGAGCUUGAGAACGAAUCGGGCGGUGCCUCUGAUAAGGAAGACCUUGUUUGGAAAGCUCGUGCGAGAGCAAUUGACCGGAUGAGGUCCGAUCAAAGCACCUUGGGUGGAGAGAAGGAGAUGGGCAUCGCCCUUCGCCCACCAACGUGGGCGAUCAACCAGGGAUGCUACCUCUGUCAAGGAAUGAUGGAGUACCAAUCUCCAAAAUCGUGGAACGAGAAUCAGCGCAGAAAGUACAUCCUCAAAUUCGACUAGAAGCUGCGAGGGGAUUAUGCUUGGUCGUGCGCUGAAGGAGAGGCUCGGUUGCAGAGCAUGGGACUAGAGUAGGACGACGAGGACUAUGUUUUCUAGUUUUCCCCAUGGACGGGAUAUGUAUAGAUGGACUUGAGAGAAAUGGGCUGGAGGAAAUAUUGUGGUAGUACGUAUUAGACAAAAUACACAACGUCAG